AUGGCGCUGCACUACAACCCGCGCUUAUCUGAGAACACAGUGGUGCGCAACACCAAGGAGCAUGACCAGUGGGGGAGCGAGGAGAGAGGGGGGUCCAUGCCCUUUCGACGAGGACAGGCCUUCACCCUGAUGAUCAGUGUGGAACGCCAGUCUUUCCGGAUCAUCGUGAACGGGAUGCAGGCUCACGACUACAGGCACCGCUUCCAGCAGCUGAAGCAGAUCACCAGCCUGGAGAUCGGAGGAGACAUCACCCUCACCUCCGUCAUGGUGUGA